AUGACUACUGCAGAAAACGCUCCUGCUGAGCAUGUUAUUGACGAAUGGAUUGCUUCCGGAGAUGUAGCAAAACUGGAGCAGCUAGUACUCGAUGGACGUGGACAUUUAUUGAAGGAAAAGACUGCUGUGAAUGCAGCUAGCAAGGAAUUUCUGCGCGGCCUCACGGUUUACCAGUCGAAGAUUGAUGCUAUCCAUAAAGCCGUCGAGGAAGGAGACGUCCGACGAGUGAAGUCUCUCAUCGAUCGUCAACAGCUUGCAUUAGCAAGAGAUACCUAUGGUAACGAUGACAUAAUAAAUAACGCAAGCAAAAUGCAUAUCUUAUGA